GGAAAGUACUCGAACCUUAUAUAUAUAAUGGUUAUAGUCGUAACAGAAUCUAAUUGACAAACCUGUUGCUUCUCAUAGAGCAUACAGAAGCAAAUAUAACAAGAGUGCAGGGCUUGUAGUAUAGCGUAGUGGUGCCUCGACCGGACCUCCAAAUUCCAAUGUCGAACAACAACAACACCACCCAACCACCUCCGCCGCCAUACCUUCCAUACCGCCAAAAAAAGGUCCUGACCGGACACACACGCGCCGUCUCAUGCGUGAAGUUCUCCAACAACGGUCAACUCUUCGCCUCUUCCUCUUUAGACAGAACCCUAAUCGUCUGGUCAACACAAACCCUAACUCUCCUCUCACGUCUCGUUGGCCACACCGAAGGUGUAUCCGACUUAGCAUGGUCCUCCGAUUCAUCUUACAUUUGCUCCGCUUCAGAUGACCGCACGCUCCGCAUCUGGGACGCACGCGCCGCCGAGUCCGUCAAAACAUUGCGUGGGCACACGGGUUUUGUUUUCUGUGUGAAUUUCAACCCUCAGUCGAAUUUAAUUGUCUCGGGUUCAUUUGAUGAGACAAUUAGGGUUUGGGAUGUGAAAACGGGUAAAACUAAUCAUGUUAUUAGGGCACAUUCGAUGCCUGUAACAUCGGUACAUUUUAAUAGAGAUGGGUCAUUGAUUGUUUCGGGUAGUCAUGAUGGGUCUUGUAAGAUAUGGGAUACUGCUACUGGUGUUUGUCUCAAGACACUUAUUGAUGAUAAAGUUCCUGCUGUUUCGUUCGCUAAGUUUUCCCCUAAUGGAAAGUUUAUUCUUGUUGCCGCCCUUGAUAAUGUUCUUAAGCUAUGGAACUAUUCUACAGGGAAAUAUAUAAAAAAUUACGCAGGCCAUGUGAAUAAAGUGUACUGCAUAACUUCCACGUUUUCUGUCACGAAUGGGAAGUAUAUUGUGAGUGGCUCAGAGGAUCGAUGUGUCUACAUAUGGAAUUUGCAAGGGAAAAAUCUGCUGCAGAAACUUGAAGGACAUACUGAUACCGUCAUUUCGGUUUCUUGCCACCCCACAGAAAACAUGAUUGUCUCAGCUGGACUAGAUAAUGACAGGACAGUGAGGGUUUGGGUCCAAGACUAAUGGAUGUCCUCAACUCUGUAUAGGCAGGUUCAUUCUAUUCUAUCCUACGAAUACACAACCUUUGCACUUAAGAUUGAUAUUAAUUUUGGAGUUUCGAACAUUAAAUCUUCAUUAACAUGUGAACUUUUAGUAACAAGAAGCAACUUUUGUUGAUUCUUUUGGUGCUUAAAUCACAUUUCAUUUGUAUACUUUUUCACUUAUUAACUUUGGCUUUUCCCAACAUCUAGGUAGCCUUUGAAUCCAAAGUGGUCCUUUUUCUGGGUAGAUUGAGUUGAAUGUAAUGGAAAGAGUCAUCCAUUCGGUUGUGCUCUAAUUCUUCUUUUUGUGUAAGCAAUUAAUAAUUCUACAGUAGACAAAAGAUGGACUUAUUAUACGUCAAUUCUAUAGUUUCGUUUUUCUGAAGGUUUUAUCAUUCAAGAUUUUUCCAGCUAUCUCACACGGUGUACUUAAUUUAUAGGUUUAGUCCGAGGACAUUCGCUUGCAUUAGCUAACUUCGCAUAACUUUGGUUAUCGUGGAUAGGUGUAACAGAUGGCAGUGGCUCCUGUCUAUUUAUGAAUGGUGCAGCUAUACUCUUGAAGUUGAUGCCUGAAGAUUUUGCGUUAUCAAGUUACAAAAAAACUGGCUACUGUAUUUUCUUUUUUAUAAUAUGUAAGAAACUAGAUGGCGCCAUUCCUGCA